UGGCCGCAACUCGUUCAUUUCCGGGUAAAAUCUUUUCGUACUCGUAGCCACGUGAAAACACAAUGGAGAAACCCGUCGUCCUAGCGCGCGUUAUUAAAGUCCUGGGGCGUACGGGCUCUCAGGGCCAGUGUACCCAGGUGAAGGUCGAAUUUCUUGGUGAGGAGAAUCGACAAAUAAUAAGGAAUGUUAAGGGUCCGGUGCGAGAAGGUGACCUCUUAACCUUACUUGAGUCUGAGCGUGAAGCUAGGAGACUUCGAUGAGACACGCUGGUGAUUUUGACUACAAAUUCGUAUAAGUUAACCAACACGUUUUUUUUAUGGAAUUUCGUUAUCAGCUAUUGUAUAUCUGAAGAUUUUGCAGCAUAUUAUAAGAUAUUAAUGUAGAAUGCAUCAUUUUACAGAAUGUUGGUGUAUACUGUAUGACACUGUAGUCUAAGAUCUUAAGAGAAUAAGCGCUAUUGUGUUUGGAAUAAACAUUUGCUGGUAACCCAUAAAA